GCUGAAUAAAAGCAGCGGUGGCAACAAUAGCAAUAGUGAUAUUACUUUGGCAGAGCUUGGGUCGCUGUAAUUACUCGGACCCAGGGGGAAUAUUAAAAUAUUUUCUUGUUCAGAACAACAUUAAAUCAUGCUGCUUCGUAAGGUGAGCCAGUCUUCCGCCUUGUGCGGCACCAUUCUCAGGAUUCCUCCCGUGCUAUCUGGAGGUCAGCUACAGGCCGGUGGUGUAGUUGCUGUAUGCAACUCUCGUCUCUACGCCAGUCAGGCUGCCCAGGCGGUGCUGGAGAAGCCUGCAGCAGUUGGCACUGAUGCCACUCCUAAAGUGGAAAGGAAGACUGUUGCUGUUGAAUCCAAAUCAUUUGCUGUCAACAUGUUCAAGGGGCAGAUUGCAACAACACAAGUGUUUCCCUUCCCCAAAGCUCUGAAUGAAGAGCAGGAGCAGUUCCUUCAGGAGCUUGUGGGGCCAACCAGCAAAUUUUUUGAGGAAGUGAAUGAUCCUGCCAAGAAUGAUGCCUUAGAGAAGGUGGAGGAUCACACCAUGGAGGGUCUGAAAGAGCUAGGUGCCUUUGGCCUGCAGGUGCCAGCUGAUCUGGGUGGCCUUGGCCUCACAAACACCCAGUACGCCCGGCUGGUUGAGAUUGUUGGCAGCCACGAUCUGGGUGUUGGCAUCACUCUAGGUGCUCACCAGUCAAUUGGUUUUAAGGGUAUUCUGCUUUUUGGAAACAAAGCACAGAAGGAAAAGUACCUGCCCAAGCUUGCCACAGGUGAAAAUAUCGCUGCCUUCUGUCUGACGGAGCCAGCCAGUGGCUCUGAUGCCGCCUCCAUCAAGACCACCGCUGUUCUUUCCCCCUGCGGACAGUACUACACUCUCAAUGGAAGCAAGAUCUGGAUCAGCAAUGGAGGUUUAGCUGAGAUCUUCACAGUGUUUGCAAAGACUCCAGUGAAGGAUCCCAAAACUGGGGAGAUGAAGGACAAAAUUACAGCUUUCAUUGUGGAGAGGAGCUUCGGAGGAGUAACAAGUGGCCCACCAGAGAAGAAAAUGGGCAUUAAGGCAUCCAACACAGCCGAGGUUUACUAUGAAGAUGUUCGCGUGCCAGUGGACUGCGUGCUGGGUGAGGUGGGAGGAGGCUUCAAGGUGGCCAUGAACAUCUUGAACAAUGGUCGCUUUGGCAUGGCGGCCGCUCUUUCCGGCACUAUGAAAGGUGUCAUUGGCAAAGCUGUGGAUCAUGCAGCCAACAGAACCCAGUUUGGGAACAAGAUCCACACCUACGGAUCCAUUCAGGAGAAGAUGGCUCGCAUGACUAUGCUGCAGUAUGUCACAGAGUCCAUGGCUUACAUGAUCAGUGGCAACAUGGACUCAGGAGCUACUGACUUCCAGAUUGAAGCAGCCAUCAGCAAGAUCUUUGCCUCUGAAGCAGCAUGGACCGUGGCUGAUGAGAGUAUUCAGGUCAUGGGCGGUAUGGGUUUCAUGAAGGACUCUGGAGUGGAGCGAGUGAUGAGGGAUCUGAGAAUUUUCCGAAUCUUUGAGGGUACAAAUGACAUCUUGAGGCUCUUUGUGGCCCUCAAUGGCUUCCAGAAUGCUGGGAACCACCUGAAGACCUUACAGAGGGCUCUGAAGAACCCCAUCGGCAACGCUGGGCUGCUCGCAGGAGAGAUCACAAAGAGAGCCAAAAGAAAGGCAGGUCUGAGCACGGGUCUCACCCUGCAGGGAAGUGUACAUCCUGAGUUGUCACACAGUGCUGACCUGACUGUAAAAGCCAUCGAGGAGUUUGGAGCAGUUAUUGAGGAGUUGUUGCUCAAACAUGGCAAGAAGAUCAUUGAUGAGCAGUUCAUUCUGAAGAGAGUUGCAGACUGUGCCAUCGACCUCUACGCCAUGGUGGUCGUCCUGUCAAGGGCGUCUCGCUCUCUGAGUCAGGGCCAGGCUUCAGCUCAGCAUGAGAAGAUGCUGUGUGAGACCUGGUGCAUGGAGGCACAUGACAGGGUGAUUCGCGACAUCAAGGUUCUGCGUUCUGGCCAGUCCAAACAGCUCUUCAACAACCUGCGGGCCAUUUCUGCAGCCUUGGUGGAGAACGGAGGUGUGGUCGCGCCUCACCCCUUGGGUUUCUAAACGGCUCCCAAACAGUCUGAUGAUUUACAGAUCACAGACCAGGUUGUGUUAAAUAUGACUAUAUAUAAACUAUUAACGCCAUCUUUUGCUCAUUCACAUCAGUGCCCCGUUUAUCUGUCCUGUACGAUAAAGCUUCUAUGUAAAGAAAUGCAGCUACAAUCUAGCCCUGAAAGAUUCUUUUUCCCCCACAAUUAUCCUUUGUUUUUUGCCUUUAUUCAAGCUGUAAUCAGCUUGGAUGUCUUUCUUUUUCUAUCAUUUAUUUAGUUUGUUCUUUCAGAGCCAGAGUCUAAAUCUUCAGAAAGAAAAAGGAUUUAGAUUAUUUGGUGAGAAAAAUCAAAACAUGCCUUCAGUCCUGCUGCCUGCAUCUAAAAGUGUGCUUGGAGCUUGUAAAUGGACCAGUGGCUUUUUAACUCUGACUUAAUGACUGUAGCUGAUUGAUCUGAUUGUUCAGUCUGUUGAAAUGUGAAGUCACACUGUUGUUUUUCGUGCUAUAACAUGAAUACAACGUAAUCAAUGCAACUUUGAAAGGGGUAGCCAGUAAUUGGGGGGGUUGUCUGUUUAAUUUAUGCACAAAGGUAUUUGAAUGUACUGUUUUUUUUUCUUUAUUUGUAAACCUGCCUACAUGGUGUUCAAAUGGAAAUACCAGUGUGAUUGUUAUUCUGUUUUUUUAUAUAUGUAUUUAAAUGCCUUUCUGCAUGUUAUGCUAACAGACACAUGUCAGGAUUAAUACUUUGCCUUAUAAACUGCUCCACAGGUGCAGUUUGAACCUUCUGUAUUGUGAAAACUCAAACACGGUUUUCUCAGAAAAGGUCAAUGUCACGUUUAUUUCUCAAGUGCAAAUUUUUAUUUCCUCUGCCAAAAGUUGCAAGCAUGAAGUGUAAAUUAAGAAUAUGUAAUAUCUGCGUACUGUUUUAGGAUAUUGAGGCACUUAUUUCUUAUUGAUUAAACCUUUUGGUCGGCCAUCUUCAUCUGUAUAUAUAAUGACGUAACAGUUUAAGCUUUAACCCCAAAACUAAGAUUCGAAGAGAUAAAGCAGUACUUAUUGUGGUCACGUUUUCCACUUUUAAAAAGCAACAUUUGGAUUAAAUAUCAGGCUGUUUGUUCAUCCAGUGGAUGUCUGUAAGUUUAAUUUAUUGUACUACAAUAAGCAUCAAUAAACAUCCCUGUGUUAGG